GGGGAGCUAGUGAGGAAGCUGCUCGUGUACAUUGGGGGAAGUAACGACCAAGGGGAGGCAAUGGGGACGACAGCACCGGUUAUCAUCACAGUAUAUCCCAGGGACGACGGUGUGAUGUCACGCCGUUUGGUGGUUAGCCUCAGGAUUCCUACCAACUACCAAGUCAGUCCCCUGUGCCUCGACAGUGCCAUCAGGAUCGAGGAUCGACCCGGCAUGACUGUCUACUCACUGCAGUUUGGUGGCUUCGCAGGGGAGACUGAGUACCGUGCAGAGGCCUCUCGCCUAACCAAAACUCUUGGUGAGACUGCCCCAUUUCAACGGAAACAGUAUUUCUGCUGCACCUACGACCCGCCAAUGAAACCCUACGGCCGACGCAACGAGGUGUGGUUCCUACAGGAGGAGCCAUAAGGGAAGCAUUAAGACCGACUCUUAAUAAUAAACUAUAGUCACUUCCUCUCCUUCAUCUUCACUGAUCACUCCACAUCUUGAUCUUCAUCUCCAAAAAAUAGGAUAUGUGAAAAUAAUAUGACAACAACAGGGGAUUUGUUUUCAGAUCAGUGCAAAUUAAGGAGAGGUGAUGCAAAGAAGUGUAUUAGACUAUUGAAAGGUCAUAAAGGGGAGGGAUGGGCAGCAGGCUACACAGUUACUGGUCCAAAGUAGUGCAAUAGUACGGUACCAUUAUCAGUAACUGGAUAUUAAGUGGCCUGGGGUAGGAGCCACUAACCACAAAGUACCGCUGUGUGUUAUAGGUGGUACAUCAUUAAGUUCUUAUUUUGUACACCCAGGGGUUGAC